UGUCCUCACUGCCCUCUGGCAGUUAUGAAAAAUAUACAUUUCAAGGAUUUCUUCUGGAACUCUGACCUGACCUCCACUGGUGGCUAUGAUGCAAUCAUCCAGUAUCUCAAUGACGGCAGGAGGACAUGCAAGGAGGUGGAGGACUUCAUGAAGGCCAGGGCAGCAGUUGAAGAGAAGUACGCCAAAGAUCUCCUGGGUUUGUCCAAGAAGGUGUGUGGACACAACGAGAUGAACACAUUAAAACGAUCCCUGGACAUGUUGAAAUUACAGACUGAACAUGUGAGUCUAUCGCACUUACAACUGGCGCAGGGCAUGAGGGAGGAGGCCAAGAAACUGGAAGAAUUCAGAGAAAAGCAGAAGGAGGCGAGGAAGAAGAUGGAGCAGCAGAUGGAUGCUUUCCACAAACAGAAGUCUUUACAUUUCAAGAAGACGAUGGAUUCCAAGAAGAUGUAUGAGCAGAAGUGCAGAGAUAAAGAAGAAGCCGAUCAGAACGUGAACAGAAACACCAACACCAAGCACAUGGAAAAGCUCUCCUCAAAAGCACAGAACGCAAAACAGAUUGCAGAAGAAGCAGACAAGUUAUACCACCAGAAUGUGACCGUGGUGGGAAAGAUUAGAGACGAAUGGCAGAAGGAGCACGUCAAAGCCUGUGAGAUGUUAGAGAAACAGGCAAUGGAGCGCAUUAACUUUCUUAGAAACACAGUCUGGACCCACCUCAACCAGCUCUCCCAGCAGUGUGUGACCAGUGAUGAGCUGUAUGAGGAUGUGAGGAAGUCACUGGAGCAGUGUAAUGUCCAGGAGGAUAUCGAACACUUUGUCAACCUCAGGCAGACCGGUGACAAACCCCCAGCUCCGGUUAUGUAUGACAACUUCUACAGCGGCCAGAGGCCUCCAGCUGUAGCUCCGCCCACUCGACUGCUUCCACCAACCAUGAGGAGGGGGCCUUUACCUGAUCCGACUAACAACACCGAGGAUGCGAUCUACUCGACGGUGCAGGACGACGGGUACAGCGUUAUCCAGUACUAGCAGAUCUGUUGGAGUUAUUGUUCAUGUCGUGCAGCGCUGCAGAAGUCUCAUCAGUUCCUCCUUUGGGAUUUACUGUCACGAUCAGGUCGCACCAGAUGGAAACGAGUGUCUAUACUGCACACAUACAUAUGUUUAGGUCCGGUUCUGUGGUGUAUUUUGAAUUGACCAACUUUAUAAUGAGUGUUUUGUGCUUAUUAAACAGACUGAAAUGAGGACUUUUGCUCAGUGGAAUUAGAAAAUAAAUAAAACAAUGCAGUCAAGGUCAUUGCUGUCGCGAUAUAGAGAGCCGAUUUACUGUGUUGAUAUUGUUCAAGGCUCGAUCUUCGAGCUAAUUACAUCUUAACGUAGCUUCAGUUCUGUCAUUUUUUGUGGAGCUAUACUUUUCCUCAAAUAAUUAAAUAGAUAUUCACAAAAUAAGGUAAACUGAGAUUUAGCUUACUUGUUUUCAUUCACGCUUUGAAAAACUUAUUGUAAAACUCACUCAUUUACCAACGGGGUGCAGAAUGUGGAUCACUAAACACCCCGUCUAGCUUAUUUCUUUCCAUGAAAGUCCUGUUUUCUGAUAUUCAACCUGCAUGAUGUCACUCCGACGGGCUCAUUUUCUAUUGUGAGAAAGGUAGAUUCAGUUCCCUGCCCUCGAUUUACUGUCAAGUCAUUCAAACGAACGUGUGUGGCGAUGCAAAAUGUUCAGAAUACUUGAGGAUUGUUGGAAUAUUUGCACUUUGAUUUAGCUUUAUUUACGUGAACAUAUCACUUGCAGAAAUUGCUACAAGCUGUGAUUAAGUCUGAAACUGGAGAACUAAAAGGAUUAAACAGCAACUGACCUGAUGUUGUUGUGUUUUGUUUUUACAAAUAAAAAGGUACCUUUGUUCUGAC